AUGAAUAUCUUCUUUUUACUGGCACUUGCGGCGGCUAACCCGAGCCGUCAGCGUCGUCAAGAAUCGAGCGGAAACGAGGGAUCAUUAGUCGCAAUUAAUAGUGACCCCGCUCCAGCAGAUCCAUCAGACGCUCCUCAGUCAUCCCAACCUGUCGCAUCAUCUGUUCCAGCACCUACUGUUUCUUCACAAGCUCCAGAACAAUCAAGUUUAUCCCCUGAAAAUUUAACCCCAUCACAAGCUACACCUUCCGCCAUUCCUGUUUCGAUCAACUCGACCGUUUCCAAAUCAGAAGACGAAGCACUUCCGGUCCCAAUCGCCACGGAGGAGACGAUUGUUGAAGAGUUUUCAAGUCCUGGAAAUGAGACAGCGAGUGAUCCCGAUGAAGAAGCUACAACUCAAUCUGCCCCUGUUGACGAAAAAGAAGAUUCUGUAACUGAAGCUGCAGUUGAAGAAAUCGACGUGGCGGAAGUUACAACCAGCUCUGUUGCUACUGUUGUCGCUGUUAAUGAAACUGUUGUUGCGAAUGCCACCGUAACCGAUUCUACAGAAGUCGAGGAGGAAGUGACUACAGAACUUGUGGAAGAAGCUACAACAGCGGAAAUAGCCGUGGUCGAUGACUCUGAAGCCACUACCGUUUCCCAGACUACGAUUAAGGAAGAAGCAACGACACAAGUUCCAUCGAAAAAAACCGCUGCUACUACGGUCUCCGAGAUCGAGGAUGAAUCCACAACUGAAUCAGAUAUCCUCGUUCCUGUUUUGAUUCCGGAGGAAAAGAAGGAAGAAUCAGAUAGCGAAGAUAUUUCCGAAGACAUUGACGAGCCCGAGGCCGAAUCAGAGGAGGAAGAGGAGGAGGAUGAUUCUUUCUAUGGAAGAUCGAAGGCAAAGCUCGUGGCACUGGUAGCAUUUUUCUUCCUCGUCUAA